AUGAAGAAAAUUGCUAUUAACUACAUUUUUAAUUAGACUCUAGGAAGAUAAAAUCACGUUAGAGUUAUAAGAUUAAGUGCCCCUAAGGCUAUCUAUAAUUUUUCUAAUAAGGAAGACAUAUUAAAUGGAUUAAAUGAGAAAGAUUAUCAACGUUAUUGUUCUCAAUUUAUGAACGAAUUAGGAGAUGUUUUAGAAGAAAGCCCUAGCCAAAGAAUUAGCGAUGUUUAAAUCAGCGAUGGUGUUAUUAAAGUAACAACUCAAGGCGAAAAAACUUUCGUGAUUAAUAGAUAAGUUCCUAAUAGAUAAAUAUGGUACUCCUCCCCAGUGAGUGGCCCUUAAAGAUUCAAUUGGGAUUUAUAAGAAGCUAAAUGGAAGAAUUAGAAAAAUGAGGAACUUUCAAAAUUGCUUUUCAAAGAAAUAGAUUAAGUCUGA